AUGGACCGAUAUGACACAAUAGAUCGGCACGACACAUAUGGAUCCGUCUGGCAUAGCACAGCUAACUCUACACCUCUUCUUGUAGGUGAAGUGGACUCCAUUUCGCUUAACAAGGAGAUAGAUUGCGAAGUGCUUGGGAUGCCAAAUGUGAUUGCACUUGAUCAUAGAAAGAAAGAGGCCAAUGCUCCUGUUGUAAGCUCCUUGGCCAAACUGCGAGUUCUCCUAGAAGAGGUUGCUUCAUAA